AUGAUGACAUUCUCAGGUCAUAAUCCUCACCUUUUUAGGUGGAGGAGGCUCAGCAGGAGUAAAACAUCCGCAGACAAGAAUGAUGAUAUAGACCAGUGGAGGAAGCAAGUGGAGAAGGCCUCUGAGUUCGCUGUGUCUGAAGUUUUCUCCCACAAGAAACCUCAGUCAGGAAGCAACAGCGUAGCCGUACCUUUGCAAAGCUCUGAACAGUUAAGAGUUCAUGAUGACGCAUACAGUGAAGCUCAGGCUCUUUUAUCGGAUUGGCUGAGCAGUAAGUUGCGUCUGGAGCUGGAGACAGAGGAGGAAGAGGAGGAUGAUGACCUGAUGUGCUCCGCUGAGAGGAGAAGCCCUGCUGCACUGGCUACUGCACAACCUGCUGCCUUGAACUUUGAUGAUCUUUACAACCAACUGGCUGAAGAAGAAGAGCACAGUGCUAUUAACAGCAUCCUACAAGACCUGAUGGAGCAGGAGGUGUUGGACUCUGGGAUGAUGGAGGAACUGGCGCUGGAUGUUGGACAAACAAGGAAGAAGUUCAGACACCCACUUAUCACCAUGGAAGCACGACACCAGAAGGUGCGAGAGAACAGGGCCCGGCAGAAUGCUGAGAGGAAGAGGCAGCAGAGAGAGAGGGAGGCUCAGCGGGGUGCCAGAGAGGAGGCAAAGAGGAGGGAGCAAAUGGAGGAGACAAGGAAGAAGCAGGAGGCACGCAGGCAGGAAGAGAUGGUGCAGCAGGACAUGGUGAGACUGCGACGCCAGAUGGAGGAGCGCAGAAACCGUGAACAGCUGGUUCGACAGAGAGAUAGGGAGAGACUGGAAAGGCAGUGGGCAGCAUGGAGCCUUCAGUCAGCUCCUCUACUUUCCACAAAGCAGCAGCAGCACCAGCGAGACACAGAGCAACUAUACAAAGAACAAAACAUUCAAACCAUGGUUCAUAUGCGCAACCUCAAGUGUCUGCAGAGGCAUUUCUCUGGAUGGUUUUCAGUGGUGUUGAACCGAAGGUUACGUAUGGGUAAGGCCAUGGCCCUUUGUGACUGGAGGAAGAAGCUGACAGCCUGGCGAGCGUGGCGAGCAGUAGUGUGGGCAGAACAAAAGCAGCGAGAGUUGAUGAGAACAGAGGAAGAUCAACGAGCUGAAAACAGACAUCGCAAGCUGGCUGUGGAAAGUGACCGAAGGCGGUUACUGCGGAGAUAUCUAAAUGAAUGGCAGCUAUUAUGUCGCACGGAGAAGGAACAACGAGAGCUUUUGGCCCAGCAGCAGGAAACCCAACGAAAAAUGGCCGCCUUAAUUAAUGCAGCAUCUACAGGCAAACUCAAGGCAACAGAAACCCCUGUUCAUCAGCCAGUAAUGGCCCCACCUGAGGCAUCUAACCAACCAGAGAGUGCAGACAAGGAAGAUGAUCACAGGCCAGGAACUUUAACCCUUGACGCCUCUGCAGCACAUCAUGAUAAAACCCCUGUGGUUGCUGUGGCCCAGCCCACUCAGCCAUGGCAGGUGAGCCGGCGCCAUGUAGCACCGUCUGCUGCUGAGCUCCAUGAGGCACAGCAGAUAGGCAAGGUCAGUGGCUUUACCCGCUCAAAAAGUGCAGUGUCACAGGGCAGCGGGUUUGAAAACAGACACACCGUCCAGCAGCAGAUCAUCACACAGCAGAGGAAACUGCUCAAGGAGCAGCAAGUGCAAAUUGCACAGCUGAGGGAAGAGCAGACUAUGAUUGGCUUGGAGCUGGAAACACAGAAAACUGCACCACUCACCCAGAUUUCUGUUCCAGGAGCUUCAAGGCCAAAGAGCCAAAACUUUAACCCUACAGAGCAGAGGGCACUAAGAGUUACUGGAGAACCUGACAGUCUAUGCACACCUGCGAGGAAAGCUGUCACACGCCAGACAUACCCCCAUCCAAUCAUCGCAGCCAUGGAGGUCCGUGCACAUCAGCGAGUGGAGCGAAAGAAGGAAAUCCAAGAACUCAAGAGAAAGAAGGAAGAAGAAAAACUGGCUGAGAUGAAAGCCGCUGAGGAGCAGAGGCAGAGGGAGGAGGAGGAGGAGAAAUGUAAAGCAGCAGCAAAGAGGAAGGAGGAGAAAAGGAAGGAAAGAGAGAGGGAAGAGGAGAAACAGAGGCAACUGAUAAGGCAGCAGGAGCUCCUGAAACUGGCCCGUCAACACUACCACAGAUCCUUGUUGCUACGGCGAGGCCUGGCACCAUGGAAACGCCUCAUUCAGCUCAGGCAAGCCAACACACAGAUGGCUGAGAAUCAUCACAAUCUCUCCCUCUUGAGGCGAUGCACACUAGGCUGGCAACAGUCAGCAAGAGAGUCCCUGGGUGAGAAAGAAGCUUCCGCUGACCAACUGCACCAGCACUUUUUACUGCGGAGGGGCUUAAGCUGUUGGAAAAGACUGAAGGACUGGCGUAUGAUUCAGGAGGUACGAGCCGAGCGCUUCUAUCGGACUCACACUCUACGGAGGUUUCUGCUGGCACUGCUGGACCACGUGACCCAGGAAAGGCUGGUCGAGUGGGACCGUCAGGAGCUGGCUCAGGAGCACAAUAACAGACGGGUGUUGUGGAGAUGUUUCCUGGCCUGGAGGCAGUUUCCAUAUCUGCAGCGCAAGGAAAGAGAGAGGGAGGAGCGGCGGGAGAAGUUGGGACGGAAAGUGUCUGAGGUUCUGCCUGAUUUCUGCUCCCAUCCACUGUAA